AUGUCCCUUCAUGAAGCAUCAGAAAAAGCACAGGUUUUGAAUGACCAACUGACUAAAAAGUGUUCAGAGCUGAACUGCAUGCUUCAGACUGUUAGUAUGGAAAAAGCCAGAAUCAUUGCUGACCAUCAAGUCAUUCUGCAGGUAGAGCAGAAAAUGAUGACACAGACAUUUCAAGAACAAAACUUACUGCUGGAUGCAGCCCAUGCCAGUAUCACAGGUGAACUACAGACUGUUCAGAAUGAGAAAAACCAACUCCAAGCACAUCUGGACCAUUUAAUCCUUGAGCAUAACCAGUGUAUCCAGAAAGCAAAGGAUGCUGAGAAGAGGACAACUGUGCACAAAGAGCUGCUAGAAUCAACUAUUGCAAGAUUGCGAUGUGAAUUGGAAGCAUCAAUGCAAGAGAAGAAGUCUCUACUAGAGGAGAAAGAAAGACUUGAGAAAGAGGUUAAUACAACAGAAAAAGAAAUAGCAGAAGAAAAAUGCAGUUUGGAAAAGGAAUUAGCUAAGAACAAGGAAGACAUAAAUGCAUUAACUAAAAACCUGCAGACUCUAGAGGAAGAGAAUAAGCAGCUGGCAGAUCAAAUGUCUUCCCUAGAACUUCAGCAAGUCACUUCUGAUUACCAUGGGCUUGCCCAACAGAAGGUGGAAAACGUUUUGGGAAAAAUUACUGAGAGUAAAAAUAAACUGGCCUAUGAAAAGGGAAAACUCCAGAUAAAAGUUGAACAGCUAGAAGAACAACUACAUUCUUUUACUGAAACCAGUUUACAAAAUGAACAUCUACGCAAAAUGAAUAAGUCUCUAGAGGCCAAAUAUGCUCAGGUGAAAUCCAUUCUUGAAGAAAAUGAAGAGGAGCUAUCUCGAGCAGUGAAGUGUCGUGAUACAACCAUGAAAGAGAAUCAGAAGUUGAAAGAGGACCUUGAGGCUUUGGAGGACAGGGAAAACAAGAAAUUGGGAAACUUUCAGCGACAAUUGGCAGAGGCUAAAGAAGACAACUGCAAAGUUACAAUCAUGCUGGAGAACGUGCUGGCUUCUCACAGUAAGAUGCAAGGUGCUCUGGAGAAAGUACAAAUAGAGCUUGGGCGGAGGGAUUCAGAGAUUGCAGGCCUCAAGAAAGAAAGGGCUCUAAAUCAACAGAGGGUGCAGAAGCUAGAAGCCGAAGUGGACCAGUGGCAGGCCAAAAUGCUUGUUGUGGAUGCCCAGCACAGCAGUGAGAUGGAGCCUCUACAAAAAGCUCUAGAUAUAGCUAGAGAAGACAACAGGAAACUGGCUAUGAGUCUGGAGCAAGCUCUCCAGACAAAUAAUAAUCUGCAAACAAAGCUAGAUCACAUUCAAGAAAAACUGGAAAACAAAGAACUAGAGCGACAGAAUUUGGAAACCUUUAAAGAACGCGUGAUUGAGGAAUCCAAAGUGGAAGCAGAAUUGCAUGCUGAACGCAUCGAAGCUCUAAGAAAGCAGUUUCAAACUGAGAGAGAAGCUGCAAAGAAAGCGGCACAAAGGGAAAUGACUGAGCUGAAGAAAGCCCUUGAUGAAGCCAACUUCAGAUCAGUGGAAGUGUCCCGCACCAACCGAGAGCUGCGGCAGAAAGUUACAGAGCUAGAAAAAAUACUGAACAGUAACAAUGAGAAAAUAAAGAAUCAAAAGGCCCAAAUUAAGCUCCACUUGUCGGCUAAGGCGAAUAAUGCUCAGAAUAUAGAGAGGAUGAAGCAAAUAGAAACAGAAUUGAGGCAAAUGGAGCUAAUUAAAGAUCAAUAUCAGAAAAAAAACUACGAACAGUCACUGAGUAUUCAGAGAUUUGUAUCUGAAAUGACUAACCUACAGAAAGAGAUGCACAUGUUGGCCAAGAGCCAGUAUGAUACCUCAGCACGGAACAAACAGCAAGAGCUGCGACUAGAGGCAGAGCGGAGAAUAAGGCAGGAAUUAGAGAUCCGGUGCCAGGAAUUGGAAGAAACUGUCAGACACCUGAAGAAAUGUAAAGAGGCAACAGAGAAUAAACUGAAAGAAGCCAGUGUGGAAUCAGAACAGAUAACAGCUAACCUAGAAGAAGCUCACCGCUGGUUUAAGUGCAGGUUUGAUGGCCUACAACUUGAGCUGACAAAAAACCGGUUGCAGAGGCUUCCCCGGGAAGACAGGUGGCGGGAAGAGGAACAAGAUAUAAGGCACGAUGUUGUAUCCAGCCAGUCUGCUCUACAUCGAUGGGAGACUAAACAGAAUCUUAAGCAUGUGCCCAGGAAGUGUCAUUCUGAGAUAGAGAGGAAGUGAUGUCCUUGACAGAGGAGCUUCUUCAUGGAUAGCUACACCUCCGUGAUUCCACAAGCCCAGCAACUAGGGCUGGCCUG